AUGUCCUUCAACAGAGAAGAAGAUCAAAGAUUAAAAUUUAAAACAUCCAAGAAACUAAAGGUGUCUUCGACCUUUGAAAGUAUGAAUUUAAAAGAUGAUUUACUUCGAGGAAUAUAUUCAUAUGGGUUUGAAGCACCAUCCUCUAUUCAAUCAAGGGCCAUUACACAAAUUAUCUCUGGUAAAGACGUUAUUGCCCAGGCGCAAUCAGGUACAGGUAAGACAGCAACUUUCACGAUCGGUCUUUUACAAGCUAUUGACCUGAAAAGAAUGGAUUUACAGGCUCUAAUAUUAUCUCCGACACGUGAAUUAGCAAGUCAAAUUGGACAGGUAGUGACAAAUUUGGGUGAUUAUAUGAAUGUCAAUGCAUUCGCCAUGACAGGUGGUAAGACUUUGAAAGAUGAUUUGAAGAAAAUACAAAAAAAUGGCUGUCAGGUCAUUAGCGGAACGCCUGGGAGAGUGCUAGACAUGAUAAAAAGACAAAUGUUGCAGACAAGGAACGUCCGAAUGUUAAUUUUAGAUGAAGCUGAUGAACUAUUGAGUGAGACCCUAGGUUUCAAACAACAAAUAUAUGACAUAUUUACUAAAUUGCCCAAAAAUUGCCAAGUAGUUGUUGUGAGCGCCACAAUGAAUAAAGACAUCUUAGAAGUAACUAGAAAAUUUUUGAAUGAUCCCGUUAAAAUCCUAGUGAAGCGAGACGAAAUAUCUCUUGAAGGUAUCAAACAAUACAUCGUCAAUGUCGACAAAGAAGAUUGGAAGUUCGAUACUUUGUGUGAUAUAUACGAUUCUUUAACCAUCACGCAAUGUGUGAUUUUUUGUAAUACGAAGAAAAAAGUCGAUUGGUUGUCUCAGCGACUAACACAAUCUAACUUUGCGGUGGUUUCUAUGCACGGUGAUAUGAAACAGGAAGAAAGAGAUAAAGUAAUGAACGACUUUAGAACCGGUCAUUCUCGAGUACUGAUAUCAACAGAUGUUUGGGCACGUGGCAUUGAUGUUCAACAAGUCUCUUUGGUCAUUAAUUAUGAUCUGCCAGAAAUAAUAGAAAAUUAUAUUCAUCGUAUCGGCAGAAGUGGCAGAUUUGGUAGAAAGGGCGUAGCUAUAAACUUCAUUACCAGAGCAGAUUCGACAAAAUUGAGAGAGAUUGAGAAGUUUUACUCUAUCAAAAUAAAACUUAUGCCAGCAAAUUUUGCAGAAUUAUCAUAA